AGCAGACAAGCGUGGCUGACCCGUCCCUUAUCGCUUCUUCUAGCCCUAGAAGAAAAGAAGACAGAGCAUUCGGGGUAAUAAUGGCUGCAACGCAAUGAGAGAGAAAAGCGGGUGGGCUUGAGAGAGACAAAGAGAAGGGUGUGUGUGUGUGUGUGUGUGUGAGAGAGAGAGAGAGAGAGAGAGAGAGAGAGAGAGAGAAUAUUGACUGAGAUGAAUUUAUUUACCCACCUAUGCUGUGGUUUGUGGCCCUGCUCUGCUGUGCGAGAAAUGCACUUUGUACAUGCUCCAAGGCACACUUUGCUUUCUGGUUAUUUCAUAUGUCCCAGAACUGGGUGUCUCUGCUAAAAACAAGUGCAGGCUGUGUCUUGAUUAAUUUGUUAUAUAUGUCAGAUUUUCUGCAAGAGGACAGAACUUUGGUUAAAACUGAGUAAUGGUUAGAGUGACCGAUGAGGACAGGUUCAAAUCUUCAGUCUGCCACCACAAAGCUCACAGUCUCGCCUUGGGCCCAUCACCUUCUCUCAGCCUAAGCUACCUCACAGGAUUGUUGUGAAGAGAAAAGGGUGGGAGAAGAGAAGACAGAAUAGAAAUGUCAUAAUUAAACAAACGCUCUAACAUUUGGCGCCGACAAACAAGCUGCUAAAUUCCUAUUUGAUCCUGCUCACAGAUGUCUCUCCCUAACCUUUCAACAAAAACGAUGUGGAUUCCUGUUUCAUUCAGAUCCAAUCUUUCCCACCUAUAUUUAUGAUGGCAGGGGGGAUUUUUAACAUUAUCCUUUUGUCCUGCAUUAAAGGCUGUGGCAGAAGAGGCUCUGUGGGAGGUGCGCACACACAUCAUGCCCAUAAAGGAUAGCGCUGCUUCGUCCCAGAGAGAGCAGAGGCGGCUGCAGUCUGCAGAACUGUGCAUUGCCGUGAAUGUGGAAUAUAGAAGAUUGUCUUACCAUAGGAGAAGUGUGUUAUUAAAGAGAGGCCUGAAGAGGAUGUUGGCAUGUUGUAGUUGGGCAGCACAUAGAAUUGGGGGCUGCAGUGCGUACUGAGCACACACCACAUUUAAAGUGCAUGGCUUCCCCCCAAAAAAGAAUCCUGGGAACUGUAGUUUAUUAAGGAGGCUGGGGGUUGUAGCUCUGUGAGGGGCAAACUACAGUUCCCAGGAUUCUUUGGCGGGGAGCCAUGUGCUUUAAAUGUGGUGUGUGCGCCUGCUGCCUAUGUUUGAGGUGUGUGUCGAGGCCUUCUCACUGCAUGUGGGGGAAAGUGCAUAAUCCAGUGGUGCAGAGAUGGUGCACAAAAGUGACACAGGGGUGUGAACAGCCGGGUAUUAAAAUGUGGAGAUGACAUGAUCCUGUUUGUGGCAGCAUUAAGCAGGUGCAGAAAUACCCCUGUGUAGGUAAGUAUUUAUACUGUGGUCCAACAGGAGUCUGGGCAAGGAUGUUGCAUACACAGAUUUGUGUUUACCAUAUAAACAGCUUUACGACAGAGUUUAUUCCUGUUUCUUUUGUAAACAUAAACUAGUUUCAAACUGAUUUAACUAGAAAGAUCAGUUAUUUGGUAAGGGCACUGGUCAUUUCCUCCCCUCUCGUCCUUAUAGAUUUAUAACCACCAGGGUUAUUUAAAGGGGAAAUUCAGGACACUUUAGAGCAUCUCGUCUAGGCAUGUCUUCAGAAAACACUUGUCACUUGCCGCAGACUUUAUGGGAGGGGAUGUUGUCUGUGAGAGAAGUUGUUGGUUGCCUUCCGAAUGCACCCAUCUCAAGGCAACGUACAGGAGACAACUGAAACAGCUAAAAACACUUAAAAACAACACAGAAAAUGGUAGAUGUGUUUUUAAACACAAUACAAAAUAAACACCAGUGGCAGAGAUCUUUUCACCCAGCUGGAAAAGCCUGUUGGAGCAAGAAUGCCUUCAAUUGUUUCCAGAAAGUUCAGAGAGUGGGCGCUUGUCGUAUCUUGACAGGAAUGCUAUUCCACAGAACAGGGGCAGCCCCACUGGAAGCCCUGCUCUGAGUAACUGUGGAGGAAUAAAUAAAUGCAAUAAAAAAAAAAUAAAAAAGCAUAUGGAAGAAGGUGAUCCUUAAGAUCCCCAGAUCCUAAGCUCUUUAAGGAUUAAGCCACAUCCCAAGUUUUUCACACAAUUGACCAACACAACCGCAGCCUUCUGGCCUUGGAAGGUAAUAGCCACAUGCCUUUCCGUGUGCAUUUGCAGAUAUAUACCAGCAGGAGGCGACAUUGCAACCCACCUGAGCAGAGGACGCUGCCACCUAGGGCCAUCUCGGGGAACUGCACUUCCGCCACACCAGAUCUGUAUUCAAAUGCACCCCUUGCUUGGUCUGGUGCAUCGCCACCCUUGGCUGGCGAAUGUUGUUGCCUACGGCACACUGUUUUCAGCGGCAGAUGCAGCCCAGCAGAAGUUGGCUAAGCCGUGCCAGGAUCCCCGCAGACACGACGGUUUGGAUCUGAAGCAGACGGCAAAAGUGGCGCUGGUCGGGUUCACAUUCCACGCCAACUUCAAUUACGCCUGGUUCCGGAGCCUGGAGCGCCUUCUUCCAGGAGCGAAAGUGACCACGGUGAUAGCAAAGGUCACUUGCGACCAGGUCAUCGCUGCGCCAAUCACCAUCGGGGCUUUUUACACCGGUGAGAGACAGCAGGGGUGAAGAAGGGGCUGGAGGGGGAUGGAGAGCUCUUUGAAGGUGAUGAGUUUGCUUCCCUCCCUUUCUCAGGUCUCUCUCUCCUGGAUGGUGAAAGCAACAUAUUUGGGAAGCUGCAGGAGAAGUUUUGGCCAACGUACAAGGUAAUAAUAACAGCUUUGUAGAUUCUGUGCUAGGCAAAGAAACACGCAAACAGAAAAAAGAGGGCAUUGUGGCAUCAUAAAGACUAGUUUUUCAGUAUCCCGGGCAGGGCUGGGACCUGGAGGGUCACUGAUUUCUACUCCAGUGGGGAGUUUCCGCUCGACAAAGUGUAGGAUCAUGGCAAUGAAAAUAAUACAGUAAAUAGAGUUGGGGAAACCCUGUUUAACACCUGAUCCCACUGAGAAUGGUUCACUUUGAGAGCCAUUGUUAUCUGAAAUUGUCGCUGUCAUAUUAUCAUGGAGGAGCCAAAUGAUGUUUACAAAUUUAUCUGGGCAGCCAAUUUUCAGAAUGACAGUCCACAGGGCAUUACGAUUUACAGUGUUGAAAGCCUUAAAAGGUAAAGGGUAAAGGGACCCCUGACCAUUAGGUCCAGUCAUGGAUGACUCUGGGGUUGCGGCGCUCAUCUCGCUUUAUUGGCUGAGGGAGCCGGCGUACAGCUUCCGGUCAUGUGGCCAGCAUGACUAAGCCGCUUCUGGCGAACCAGAGCAGCACACGGAAACGCCAUUUACCUUCCCGCCGGAGUGGUACCUAUUUACCUACUUGCACUUUGAGGUGCUUUCGAACUGCUAGGUUGGCAGGGGCAGGGACCGGGCAACGGGAGCUCACCCUGUCGAGGGGAUUCGAACCGCCAACCUUCUGAUCGGCAAGCCCUAAGCUCCGUGGUUUAACUCACAGCACCACCUGUGUCCCUGUCAAAAGCCUUAGUCAGGUCAAUAAACGCCAUAUACAGGGGUUGGUUUUGCUCUCUGCAUUUUUCUUGAAGCUGUCGAGUGGUGAAAAUCAUGUCCACUGUCCCCCUAGAAGGCCGGAAACCAUUUUGGGAUUCAGGAAGGGUCACCUUGACUAUUGUUAAGAGACAGUUUGCUAAGAUCGUUGCAAGAAUUUUGCCGGCUGCAGCUAAUAGAGAGAUGCCUCGAUAGUUUUCCACAAUCAGUUCUGUCACCUUUUUAAAAGAGAUUGGUAAUUUUGGCAUCCCUAAAGUCUCCUGGGAUCUCUUCUCUUUCCCAGAUUUUUUCGAUAGUAGCAGGGGCCCACUAUCUGAAUUUCCCAGAAACAACUGAAGAUAUCUUUUUCCUCCUGUCAAGAUUUCUCAGCUGGUUGGACAGGUGUGGUGUGUGUGUCCAUUUUGUAUUGUUCUUAAACUAAUCUUCGGUUAUUUUUGUGACUUUUCCGUUAUAUUUUGUGCCUCGCCUUGGGACAGAUGUGGAAGCCGAUUAAUAAAUAACAAGAAUAAUACUUUGGUGCACAGUCCGUCAGCCAUUUUGUUAAGGUAGCUUCUGACCCUUGGUGCCUCAGGAGUAGAAGAAGAAGAAGAGGAGGAGUUUGGAUUUGAUAUCCCGCCUUUCACUCCCUUUAAGGAGUCUCAAAGUGGCUAACAUUCUCCUUUCCCUUCCUCCCCCACAACAAACACUCUGUGAGGUGAGUGGGGCUGAGAUACUUCAAAGAAGUGUGACUGGCCCAAGGUCACCCAGCAACUGCAGGUGGAAGAGCGGAGACGGGAACCCGGUUCCCCAGAUUACAAGACUACCGCUCUUAACCACUACACCACACUGGCUCUCAAGUAGCUGCUGUGGACUCCACAGCAAAGUCCUGCAACUCCUUAGUGUGAAAUCCAAGCACUGUUGAGGAACUUCAUCUUUAACCCUUAUGUUAAAUUUGCUAUUUAUUUAUUCCCCCCCCCCCCCAUUUAGGCUGGUGUGCUGUGCUGGACCUUGUUCCAGGUACGUAUUGUGGUCCAUGCUUUCCUUCCCUGAAUGAGCUGGAAGCCUUGCCAGCUUCCCCCACCCCACCCCACCCCACCCCAAACAGAGCUCCUGUGCCAAUAGACAACUGCAAGAGAGACAAGCAGGUUUUUCCUGUCACAAAGGGAUAAAGCAUUAGGAAAAACAUUCCCCUGCUUCAUUUCUGCUAGUCAGGGAGCUGCUGAAAAGCAAACCUAAAAUAUUUGAAAUGCAUCACUUCCUUCCCAGUUGCCCUAGGAAUACACUGGAUUUUUGAAAGCCUGCCGGGAAUGUAUUGAAAUUGUUUAUUUAUUCCAACAAUCUGUACACCACUUAAUUAUAGCUGUCUCUCAGUAGACCCAAAACAAUAAGAUUACAUAUGAAUUAAAACUAUAAAAGCAAAAUUCAGUUAGAAAGCCUGCUGGAGGGUGGUUUGGGUUUGGGGGUUUGGGUUGUUUUGUUUUGUUUUGUUUUGUUUUGUUUUGUUUUGUUUUAGGCUUUAGAAAGUGCCAGAAGUUCAACAGAGUGGUUGAUACUUUGGGACCUGCCCCAAAUAGCCAUCAGGAAAGCAGCCUUGGACCCAGUCAUAUCAUUGGUCCACCUAGCUCAGUAUAGUCUAUGCUGAUUGGCAGGAGCUGUCCAGGGUUUCAGGCAAGGAUCUCUCCCAGCCCUGGGACCUUUUGAACGCAAAGCAGAUGCUCUACCACUGAGCUACCGCCCAUGGACUUUGAGAAGGAUUGCCCUAAAAGAGACUGGCUGGAGAUCCGGGUGACCUCAAGGAUGGCCUUCACCCUAUGACCUUCAAAGAUGCUAAUAUCUGCUUUGGAGGUCCUGCUCACAUGCGUGUUGGUAAGGCCAGUUUGGCUAGCAUACGUGAGAGACAGGGGCUUUUCCGUGGUGGCCCCACAGUUAUGGAACUAACCUUGUGAUUGGCUUAUGCUUGGCUGCUUCAACACAGGCUUUUAAGAGGGCCUUGAACAUCUCUCUCUCUUCAUUGCCGCCUUUUCUUUAGACUGUUAAUGACUUGUGUGACUCAGAGCAGUUUCCCCGAAAUAAUCAUACGCCUACUUUGUGUGCCUAGCGCAUACAGGAGCACUCUUUUUAUGUACUUCUUUUUCUGAGGGUUUGGCCGUAAAGAGCAGUUUAUAAGAUAUUUGAAAGAACAACAAAUAAGUAUGCGAUAGGCACGAGAGGUAUCAUCGCUAGUCUAAGAGGCACACACAGAGCUACCCUCCCCAAGACCAGGCACAGGCAAACUCUGGCCCUCCAGAUGUUUGAGACUACAAUUCCCAUCAUCCCUAGCUAGCAGGACCAGUGGUCAGGGAUGAUGGGAAUUGUAGUCCCAAACAUCUGGAGGGCCGGAGUUUGCCUAUGCCUGCCCAAGACCAUGGGAUGCUGAUGACCCCUUCCUCUCAGAUGGUUCAGAUGCAUUCCUACAGUCACUAGGAAUCAUUCACUUUCUUGAAGAAGCUAGUUCCAUAAGGAAGCAAAGAGCCCAGAAACCUGGGUGAUAAAGCUGACCAUCCCCUUUACAGAAUCCAAUGCAGUGUUGUGGUUGCCACGUCAGACGAAGGUCAGGGAGCUCCAAUCCCGACAAAGCUCCCUGAGUGACCACUUUCUCACAUCCUGGCCUACCUUACAGGGUUGGUGUUGUUGUUGGGAUGAAAUGGAAGUUGGGGGCUGGGGAGAACGAGCACCACCUUGUACAGCACCCUCAGCUCUUUGGGCAGGGUAUAAAUAAUAAAUCAUCAUCAUCAUCAUCGGUCAGUCAAUAAAAUAAUACCAGCAGAAUCAGAGCAUGUGCUGCCAUCCAAGAACCACUGGUGGUUUAUGUGCCUCCCUCCUCAUCUCUCUCUCUCUCUCUCCCUCCACCAGGCAGUGAAUUUUGCUCUUGUGCCACCCCUGUUGCGCACAGCCUACGUGGGGGCCUGCUCCUUCCUGUGGACAGCAUUUCUCUGCUACCUGCGCCAAACUGAUGCUCACGACACCACCUCCCAGCUCUUCCAGGCGGUGCCAGGCUUGGCCGGGCUGUUUCCAUCCAGGGCAGGAGAGAAUCAAGUAAAGAUGCCGUCUGAGAAGUGAGCAAAGGGCCGUGCUGUGGUUUUUUCGGCACCCCAUCUCCAUUUCUAGUUCUUGGUCUCUGCAAACCUUGCCCAGGGAAUGGCGGGAGAUUUGUCUCCUUAAAUUAACACCCUCAUGCCCACCUUCUUCAAAACACGGCCUGCUCCUCAUGCUGCACCGGUAUAGGAACAUACAACUGCAGAUGUGAGAAGCAGGGCCUUUACAACGAUGGCCCCAAGGCUAAGGGAAUGCUCUUCCCCUUGAGGCCUGCAUGCCUUCUCAAAGACAUACCAUCAGCCAUCUUUUAGGGAUGCUGUAAAGAAUGCAGCAAGAUUAAGAGGAAGAGGAAUGCUUUGAACACUCUAAAACGCUUUAUAAAUUCUGGCUGCACCCUGGAAAAACACUGGGCAGUUGAACAAAAGAUCAUUAUUCCCCUAUCUCUCCCCGUUCUUUUCCCCCAACCACAUAAUGUCUACGUCAACAGUGUCUCAUACCAAAUGUAAACAAACUCUGAAAAAGAAUCUAUGAAUUGAAAGUGGAGACGCUGUAUGUAUUUUCUUCCUUGUUUUGUUACGCAAGAAAAUCUUAAAUAAGAACAAAUUUAAAACAACUGAAUAAAUAAAUGCUGGCUGCAUGC